AUGUCUGCUAUCAUUUCUACCAUUGCUGCAAUUAUGCUGUCUACCUUGGUACUUGUGACCUUCAGAAGGACUCCAAUUAAAGUUAUCAAACUCGACUCGCGUUGGGAAAGCCUGCUUUGGACCUGGCGCCUCAGAAGGUCGAAAUUACAUUUUGCAGAGAAGCUUGAAGAUUGGUACUACAAAACCAACGACUCGGAUUCUAUGCUGGGUAAGAUAUUCACUAUAAAAGAGUUCUGGCUGUUUCUCCGCCCUUUCUUCGCUUCGCGGGGCUACACUCUCUAUCAAAAACAUCCAAAACCAGACUGGGUGGGUGAUAUAGUCGCUGCUCCCUGGCCGCCUCAAGCAAAGGAUGCGUCAUAUCCUUAUGCCCGUCACAUUCGCAGCAAUGAUCCGGACCCAAAGUGGUCCUGGUCGCCUCGUGUUUGGGCUGCUCGUGAUGCACUUGGAAGAGAGGUUGUUAUCAAGGUUAUAUCUGAAACAGACAAGCCAACACAAGAGCUGAGGGUGUUCCAGCGCCUUAACAGUAAAAGACUUCGAGCGGAUCCAGCGAACAACACCAUCUACGCGCUAGAAUAUAUCACGUUCGACAAGUUCGUCUUUGUGGUAAUGCCUAGAUGGGAUUCUUCCUUGUUCCCUGAGUUUGAAACCGUCUCUCAGCUAAUGUCAUUUGCGCUGAUAUGGCUUCAGACAUUUGACUUUCUACAUCGGAACAAAAUUGUGCAUCUGGAUUUUGUUAUGCAAAAUACUGGUAUGAACGUGAUUCUUCAACAUAGGGAAUUGUUUCGUAGAACAGGAUUGCGAGAUCCAAAAGAAGUGAGGUAUGCCCUCCUGGACUUUGGUUUCUCCAUAGCUUUCCCCGAGGAUACGAUCAUAGAGGACGUACGCAUGAUACGCUAUAAUUCGUGGUUUGUACACUAUAUACCCGACAACUGGGUCAUCUACCCAUAUAAUCCCUUCAAGGCGGAUUUAGCGAUGCUAGCAAGCUCUCUUCAGUUAUAUGUCAGGCAUCUUGAACACCUUAUUCCUGAACUCGGGCCGUUCUUCGAUUCGGUGGUUGACUUGAAUGACCCUAAUCAGUUGACAGCUAGUCAAGCCUUCGCUCGAUUCAAAGAAAUAUGUGACGGGCUCAGUCCCGAAAUUGCUUCAUCGUCAUUUGAUACUUGGACUUGGAGACCAGAUUACUCGCGGCAUACUCUUGAUCUGUGGCACCUAAUUAAAAUGCCAUUCUUACCCACCCUUACCAUCAUUUUUGCAGUCAUCCUAUCGUUGCCAGUGCUCUAUGUUUACCACUACAAAAGGUACCCACGAAUCAUCAAGCUCGAGUCCAAAUACGAGAGUCUUCUUUGGACGUGGCGUCUCAUGAGGUCGAACAUCAUAUUUCCAGAAGCUCUCGAGGACUGGAAUUUGAAGAAUCUCGAAGAUUCACAUGGUGAUUUUAUCUACAUUCAUAGUUGCUGGAUGUUCGUGCUCCCGUUCUUCGUUUCGCGAGGUUAUGCGAUGUAUCAACAAGAUCCCGUCGGCCUGGGAAAUCUAAACCCUCCUCCAUUUCCACCCGCAGCAAAAGCUACUUCGUACCCUUAUUCUCGUCAACUCCCAAGCAAGACUCCCAUCCCGAGGGCUGUAUGGGCACCACGUAUAUGGGCAGCUCGCGAUGCACUUGGAAGAGAUGUUAUAAUCAAGGUGAUAUCUGAAGUCGACAACCCGUCAAAUGAGCUGAAGGUCAUGCAACUGCUUAACAGCAAAAGGCUGCGAUCCGACCCCGCUAACCAUACCAUCUACGCCAUCGAAUACAUUACUUUCGACAAAUUUGUAUUUGUGGUGAUGCCCAGAUGGGAUAGUGCUAUCUUUCCUGAAUUUGCCAAUGUUUCCGAGCUUAUGCAUUUCACCAAGAUAAUCCUCGAGGCUUUUGAUUUUUUACACCGCAACAGGAUUGUACAUCUAGACUGCCUUGCACAAAAUAUGGGGAUGAAUGCUGUUAUGACCACUGCGGAAAUAGAUCGCAGGACAGGAGUACGGGAUCCAAAAGAAGUUCGCUAUGCCCUCUUUGACUUUGAUGCUGCUGUCAUUUUUCCUGAGGACACUGUCAUUGAAGAGGCGCGUAUGGACCACGUUCUCAGCUUUGACCGGCAUUACAUACCGAAGGAAUCAAUUACUUACCCAUACAACCCAUUUCGAGUGGAUGUUGCAUUCAUGGGCACAUGUCUUCAAACAUAUGUUAGGCACCUCGAAAGUAAAAUUCCAGAGCUUGGGCCAUUCUUUGACUCCUUAAUUGACAUCAAUGACCCCAAUCAGCCUUCAGCAAGCCAGGCACUGGCUCGCUUUACAGAGAUAUCCAAUAAUCUUAGCCCCGAGGUGGCUAGUGCAUCCUUUGACGGUUUCAUUUGGUGCCGAGGCGGUGUUGUCUACAAGAAAGAUGGGGAUGUUAUAACAAUUACUGAGUAG